AUGUCCCAACCCAGCUUCGAAAAGGGAUCCCCUCCCGCGGACCCUCCCCCGAGUCCCCCCAACCUCGACGAGAGGUACCCUCCUCUCGACUCCCCUCCCUCUCUCACUCCAGACCGCGAGGAGACGGACAAUCCCUCCGUCACUCUUCCUCAGCCCGGAGUUCCCGCAUAUGCCCCCGUUUCCCCUGUCACUCCCCCAUUGCCCCCCUCGGACUACACUCCUAUCGCCUUUGCCUACGUCCAUCCCUCCGUCAACCCGAACUACACCACCAACACCGCAGACCCACCCCGACGGGCCCCCCGGCGCAAGCUCCCCAACGGGCCCCGCCCCGGGCCCCGCUCCGGUGUCAAACCGGUCUCGGGUUGGAAGCCGGCUUCUGGUCUGAAAUCCAAACCGACGGCUGUCAUCGAGUCGAUGAUAGCCUCCGCUUCCCAGUCUACCUCCACCACUUUUGUCAAGUCUGAGUCGGUCGACGUUGUCAUGUCGGAGAAGACUCCGGAGCCAACUCCUGUUGCGGAGAAAGCUCCCAUCGCAGAGCCGACUCCUAUCGCACAGCCAAUUCCUAUCGCACCCGGGACCACCCCUGCAUUCAUCAAGCAGGAGUCAACCCAAGACGCCAACGAGGGCCUUCUCAAUGCGACCGCCACCGAGCUGAAUGUUCUCAACGGGCCGGCACCCAACUUGCAACCUGUGGCCAACCCCGAGAAUUUCCCUGUCAACCACGACGAAGCAAGCUCCGUUGCCGAAAACGUCGCAGCCGCCGAAGACUUUGACUUCGACUUUGAUUGCACUUGCACCGGGACCAUUUGCUAUGGAGAAUGCCGGGAAGAGCAACAGGCUCCGGCCAUGGACAUCAGCAACCUCCCGGCCAUGGGAGCGAACAACCUGCCGGCUACGGCAGCACACAGCCACGCCGCCAUGGGUGUAAACAUGGCGCCAGCCGUGGCUGUGCACAACCUCCCAGUCAUGGGACUUCCCGUUGUUCCGGUCGUGGCCGUACACCAGGCUCCGGACAGAAGAUACCUCCCGGGCCUGGGUAUGAACGGCCCCAGAGAUCAAACAGAGGAGGUCAGAGAGUACUUUGCUGCCAUGUUCCUGAGAAACAUUCCACGACGAACUGCAGAGUGGAACGCGGGCGUCUCUGACAACAUUCAAAUCGAGGCCAUCCGCCAGAGCAUGCUCAUCCUGGAACCAGAGGACGCCGGCCGCCCCAUGAACUGGGAAUUCUUCUUGCAGGCCUGUAUCUUCCGCUUAGGCUACCUCAGGGGUCACGACCGACACUCCACCCUUUUCUCCUUGGUCAUUUUGACCAUUUGCAGCAUCGCUCUUGUCCACGGAUGCCGCCUGAACACUGUCUUCGCUACCGUACGCGCCGUCCUGCUCCUCAGCGGUGGAGACGGCAACGACCUGACGGAGCGCCAACUUAUGCGGGUUCUCCAGGGCAACGUCGCUGGCAUCGCUCUCCUCGAGAGAAUGAAUAGCUACAUCGGCGGCAAGGCUUACGAGCUCCCAAUUCACGACAGGGACAUCAUCUUUAUGUUUUCGACCAUCAACAUCGACUCGGUGGAGUUCAUUCUGAGGGGAUUGAUUGGCGUCCCUACGCCAACUGGCCCCAUGACCCGAUUGAAUUCAUGCCAUCUUCACAUCCCACGUCUGGCUUACGAUGUCCUCGGCCGGGAAGCGUUUGGUUGGAGCAUGGAGCACGUCCAGUCUUCACUCAGAAUGGAUUGGUUUGUGUUCAUACAGGCCUACUUCGAGAUCGGUCCGAUUGUCAGCCCUUGA